UGGUCAACUCCAAACUAUGGAGCAAGCUGGGUUCCAACCCAUGGAUGUCGCCUGGCCGCUUACAGUCACCUCGACCGGGUCAGUCCCAUCUCAUUCAAUGAAGCUAAAAAUCGCAAUCGUAGGAGGCGGUCCCUCUGCAUUUUAUUGCGCUUCAAGAAUUCUCUCAAAAUUGCCUAUUGCGGGCCCAAGAGGAAAAGAUGUCGAGGUGCAUAUGUUCGACCGACUGUGGGCUCCUCACGGACUGGUGCGCUACGGUGUUGCUCCUGAUCACCCAGAAGUAAAAGUAAGCAAUAUUUGA